GAGCGGCGUGAGCGGGACGGGCGGGACUGCGCCGCUCCUUUCGGCUCGUUUCGGAUAAUUUCAGCCCAUUUCAGCCCGUUUGAGCCCACCUGGCGCCAGCAGGGAUUUUCCCCGGGGUCACAGGCAGCGCCUCCCGAGCUCCAGAGCGAGCGGAGCGGCGGGGAGCAGAGAGCGCCGACAGAAAGUUACAAACGAGAUCUUUUCGGCUCUUUUCGGCUAAUUUGAGCCCAUUUCGGACCAUUUGAGCCCACCUGGGAGCCAUCAAGGAGUUUUUCCCCGGGGUCACAGGGAGCGCCUGUCCCUGCAGCGCCUCGGAGCGAGCGGAGCUGGAGGGGAGCGCAGACCGCGGACAGAAAGUUGCAGAUAAGAUCUUUUCGGCUCGUUUCGGCCCAUUUCGGUCCGUUUCAGCCCGUUUGAGCCCACCUGGGAGCCAUCAAGAAGUUUUUCCCCGGAGUCACAGGGAGCGCCUGUCCCUGCAGCGCCUCGGAGCGAGCGGAGCUGCACGGGAGUACAGACCACGGACAGAAAGUUGCAAACCCGAUCUUUUCGGCUCGUUUUGGACCAUUCCGGCUCAUUUCAGCCCAUUUUGACCCGCCUGGGGGCGGACAGGGAGUUUCCCCGGGGUCUCUCUCGCUCGGAGCGAGCGGAGCUGGAGCGCAGCCCGCGGACAGAAAGUUCAACCCAGACCUUUUCUCUUUGGCACACGCUGCAAUAGAAGCGUUGGGCUCCUUGCCACGGGACAGCACAACUCCGGCGCUUGCCGCGCGUUUCUGUGAGUUUUCCUCCGGUCGCGGGAGUUUAUUCGGAGUUAAAUGAAGAUACCGAGGGGUGAAGCAAGAGAACAGCGCUCGGAGGGUCUGCGAGGAUAUUUUGCCAGCGCUGAAGGGAUGGACCUUUUGAACCUGCAUGGAAAAUGUCCUUUUUGAUACCAAAAGUGGCAAAGGAAAACUUAUGAUUGGAACCUUACAGGAGUUUGAGUUCAGCUGUACUUUUAGCCUUACGUAGACCAUGGAGAGUUUGUUAUCGCUGCUCUGCUGCCAUUAUUCCUUGCUGAUUUUAUUUCAGCAGAAGUACCAGGUGUACGGGAACCAUUCCCAGCUCCCCAAACACCCAGGGUUCAAAGUGCUGGCAUCGGCCUCCCACUACUGGCCCCUGGAAGAUGUGGAUGGGAUCCGGGAGUUCCGCGACACCAACGGAGAUAUUGUAGAAGGGAUGGUGAACAAAGGGAUUUACAUGACUGAAAAGAAAGGAGUCACCUUCCUCUUCUUUGGGAGCUACAGAAAUUCCUGCAUCAGUAAUCCAGAGGCUUGUGGGCCUGAAGGGGUAACGUUCUCCUUUUUCUGGAAGACCCAGGACCAGCAGGCCAAGCUUCUCCCUGCCUCUGGGGGCCGGGUGAUCUCCAGCGGCUUCAGAAUCUGCUCCAGCGAGGGCGAGGGCUCCGUGGAGUUCUACACCCGGGGCAGCGCCAUGAUGAGGUGGAAAGCGAGCUUCAGCCCACCAGGUCCCUACUGGACGCACGUGCUGUUCACCUGGCGGUCGCGGGAAGGCCUGAAGGUGUACGUGAACGGCACGCUGAGCACCACGGACCCCGAGGGGAAGGUGUUCUACGACUAUGGGGACGCCAGCCCUGACCUGCUGGGCACGGAGGGAGCAGCCCCGCGCUCGGUCAGCGGCGCCUUCGACGAGUUUGUGAUCUGGGAGAGGGCGCUGAGCCCGCGCGAGGUGCGCCAGUACUUCACUGCCGCCGUGGGUGUGCAAGUCCUGCUCUCCUCAACGCUGCCCUGGUCUGUGAUGACAACCACGACAAGCCCAGUGGUAGGACAGAGCUCAGACUCUUCCAUAAAGGCAGAACGUGCAUAAAUCAGAGUUACACACCCUCCUCCCUGCCUGGUUUCUGUUAAUGGCACUUAUUUCAUAUCUCUAUUGUAAAUGCUUUUUGACAUGCAUGGGCAGAAGUUUUGGCCACUGUGG